CUAAUCGAAAAUAAUAAUAACUUCUGUGAUUUAUAAAAAUAUUAUGUUUUUUGUUCUUUAAAUAUGUUAAAUAUUUAUUGUACGAAGUGUACCAUUAAAAGCAAAUUACUUAUACUGAGCUAGACUUUAAAUGCAUAAUGAUGUAUAAUUUUGAUUUGUUUUUAGUCAGCUUAUAUAAAAUAAUAUGCUCUUUCUAAAUGUAAUCUAAUGGGUGCUCACAGUUUCGAUCAGACUUUUACGUUGCUUCUUAAGAAAGCAUAAAUAUGCUUAGUUGCGAUUUUAGUUUAUUGACAGUAACUGAAGGUAAUGAAGUCAAAAGCAAUGUGGAAAUUAAUUUUCUUUGGUUGUUUAUGUGGCCUAAAUUGUCAAAUUGUAACAUCCAAUUUGAGCGAAGGAAAUUCUUCUUCUGCAAAUUGCAAGAGCGAAUUCGAAAAAUUUAAGAAUAAUAACAAUCGCAAAUAUCUUCGCACCUACGAUGAAAUGCGAAGUUACAAGGCGUUCGAGGAAAAUUUCAAAGUUAUUGAGGAACACAAUCAAAACUAUAAGGAAGGUCAAACGAGCUUCAGGUUGAAGCCAAAUAUUUUUGCUGAUAUGAGCACAGAUGGUUACCUCAAGGGAUUUUUGCGACUGUUGAAGAGCAAUAUUGAAGACAGCGCGGAUAAUAUGGCCGAAAUAGUUGGUUCUCCUCUAAUGGCCAAUGUGCCCGAAAGUUUGGAUUGGCGCAGCAAGGGAUUCAUCACACCACCGUAUAAUCAACUUUCCUGCGGUUCCUGCUACGCCUUCUCCAUUGCCGAGAGCAUCAUGGGUCAGGUAUUCAAGCGAACCGGGAAAAUAUUGAGCCUGAGUAAGCAACAAAUCGUGGACUGCAGUGUGUCCCAUGGAAACCAAGGAUGCGUCGGCGGCUCCCUGCGAAAUACUUUGAGUUAUUUGCAGAGCACGGGCGGCAUAAUGAGGGACCAAGAUUAUCCGUAUGUGGCAAGGAAAGGCAAAUGCCAGUUCGUACCCGAUUUAUCCGUAGUUAAUGUGACAUCCUGGGCCAUUCUUCCCGUGCGCGAUGAGCAGGCCAUUCAGGCGGCAGUUACCCACAUUGGACCAGUUGCAAUUUCUAUAAAUGCCUCCCCAAAGACAUUUCAACUGUACAGUGACGGCAUCUACGAUGACCCCUUGUGCUCAUCGGCUUCCGUAAAUCAUGCCAUGGUGGUAAUUGGUUUUGGAAAGGAUUAUUGGAUACUAAAGAAUUGGUGGGGCCAAAAUUGGGGCGAAAAUGGUUACAUACGAAUUCGCAAGGGAGUCAAUAUGUGCGGAAUUGCCAAUUAUGCCGCUUAUGCAAUUGUUUAAACUAAAUCUCUUAUAACAAAAUAUCUAUAAACUGAUGAGAAAAUAAAUGAUUUUUUAAUAAUAACUU